AUGACUCCGCGGUUCAUUGUGGGCACACUGAUCGCCGGGACCUCACUCAGCUUGAUGGGCUGUGGUGGCUGUAAUCAAGAUGCGCUGACCACGUGCGCCCAGACGUACAAUAGCGACCCGACGAUCUCCUCAGGGACCGAUGCAGUUUGCAAGACAUGGGAGGCGUACACCACCUGCGUCAAAGAUGCAGGUUGCUGCGACUCCAGCAUUGAGACAGAAGGUACCAGCAAGGCCUGGAAGGAAUACUUGGACUCCCUGCUCACGAUGAAGGACACCCUGUGCACGGGCAACAACGUUGUGAGCAACAAGUGCUGUUCAGAGAGGCAGCAUCUUCGAGUGCUUUCAUUGUUGUCCAUCGUCUUUCCCGUCCACAGCUAUGGUCCCUUGCUUCGGCUUGUGCCAGCCGCGAUCUACUUUGUAGAGAUGUUUUGCAGUUGUCGCGCCAGCCGCACAGGGAUGCCGAUCAGGAUCCGAAAAGCAGAUCCCUUCAAUGAGGAGUACGGCCUGGCCGGCCGAGUCCAAGAAACUUUGCGCGAGGGCUUCGCGCUGACGUCCGAGACGCUCAAGGUCUUGGUGGAUUCCGAGUGCUCCAGCGAGGAGCAGGAGUCGAAGGCGAGGCGGCUGUCAACCGCAUACGCUGCCAAUCUCGCCUCCGUGCGUCAAGAGCUGCUUGCAGCCAUCGACGCAGCGACUGAGGUGGGGGAGGAGGAGGUGGCCAACCAGGUGGCGCAAGAGGUACGCCGUUGGGCAUGUCCUUCCCUUUUUCCUGAGUGCUUGAUGUAG